AGAAAUGAUAAGUAAAAAAUAAAUAAAGACAAGUCAAGAAGAAAGUGCGACAGAAAUCAUCCCCAAAUCCUAGGUCCGCCGCCGCCGGCGAGAGUGGCGGCUCCCGCACCUAGGUCCGCCGCUCCUCCUCCGCGUCCUGCCUCGCUACUCGCCGCCCUCUUCCUCCGCCUACUGGUUGUCGCCGCCGCCGCCGCCUGAUCCGUCGUCUUCGAACCCAGGACCGUGCUCCCAGCACGGCGGCGCCUGAGAUGAGCACCACCAGUGGAACCGCAGCGAAGCGCGCCGGGACGCCGCUGGCCGACGCGGAGGCCAGCCCCAAGCGCGCGAGGAGCAGCCGCCACCCUUCCCUCUCGCCCUCGCCUCCCCCCUCCAAGUCGCGGUCCCUGGCGCCCUCGCCGUCGCGGUCGCGGUCGCGGUCGCCGGCUUACCUGGCGCGGACCCCACCGACGGCGGCGCGGAGGACGCCACCGCCGGCGCCGCGGAGGACGCCACUGCCGGCGCCACCUCCGCGGAGGGAGUCCAGCGACCGUGAUGAUUUCGACAUGAGCCCCAGACCCAGCCGCAGCCGCAGCCGCAGCUACAGCCACCUGUCGGAAGAGACGGACGGGCAUGGGCGUGUGUGGAGGCCGCACGCGUACAGAGAGAUCAACGCCGACCGUGGUUACGGCGAGUACAGCGUCCGCAUCAGUGACUACGACCGCCUCUUCACCUGCCGCGGCUGCCACCACAUGCUCUCCUCGCCGGUCUACCAGUGCUCCAGCGGGCAUGUCACCUGCGCGACGUGCCACGACGAUACCUCGGGCUGCAGCUACUGCCUCGCCACCGGCUGCACCCGCAGCCUCGCCGUCGAGGAGUUCCUCUACGGCAUCACCUUCUCCUGCCGCAACCAGCAGUACGGCUGCGACGCGUUCCUGCUGCACCACCAGAUGCGCGAGCACGAGCGGUCCUGCCACCACGAGCCCUGCUUCUGCCCCGUGCCUCACUGCGGCUUUGCCGGCCAGACCUACGAGCUCGAGUCCCACCUCGCCACCCUCCACCGCUGGGACGUCGUCAGGUUCCGCUACGGUGAGAGCUUCGAGGCCCCGGUCCACAACCCGGCCGUCUUCCGCUGCGACGACUAUGGCGAGCUCUUCCACAUCCUCGCCUCCCGCGAGGGAGGGUAUGGCACCGCGCUCUCCAUGAUCUGCAUCCGCCCCGACAACGCUUGCAAGGAGGAGUUCACCUACGAGCUCAAGGUGCCGGCGGGUGGACGGCACCGGCUGCAGAUGCAGUCAACUGUCUGGAACACGUCGCUGCGGUACGGGAUCGGGGAGGGGAGCGACGUGUUCCUGCUCGUCCCUGACAAGCUGCCCGGCAAUGAGAGUGGCAGCAUUGUGGAGGUGUGCAUCAACAAGGCGGCGGCGGCCGGUGCACCCAGUGAUUAGCUCAAGCUACGCGCUCAAUUUACACCGUUAUCAUUAGAUGGUGUAUGGGGUUCUAUACUAUCUGAUUCCCGGAUUAAUACCUGAGGGUGUUCCAGAGUUAAGUCUACGGCUGAGGAAACCUGAAUGCUGUGCUUCUAGGUGAUAGCAUCUACUUAAUCUUUUUUUGGACAAACAACUUAGUCGUCCAUGGACGUUCUGGUAAUUGAGAUGUGAAUCAUGGGCAUUCAGUGCGUCGCUCAUAUCUAGAUAGUCUUUUUUUAGGUGAAAGAGAAAAUUAGGAUAAGAUGAAUCCUCAGGUAAGCAUUCCUUUUAAUCAGCCCUUGUAUGAGCAGAUACCUUCCCUACCAGAUAUGGUGCAUAUCUGAAUGUGACGAUCUUGAUGUCUAUGUUCGCGCUGGAGAUUUGUUUC